AUGGAUCGAUUGUUUUGCGAGCCAUUCCCAAAGAGUUCCUGGCUCCUCCCCAGAUCCCUGGAGAGCCGAUUAUUCACAGUCAACGAUUCAUCGCGCCCGGAUCUAAAAAUCACUUCUAAGCACUGUCACGAUUUCGCGAGCUCGAUCAAGUUAUCUGUCCGUGGACUACACUCCGGACGAUCGAAAAUUCUUCUGCAAGGAGCAGCAAAAACUCUUGCAAUCGCAGGUAACUUGGCUGUUUCUCCGGUCAAAUGUCUACUUUGUUCCGGGAUUGUUUUUGGUCCUUCCGGAGUGAUCUCGCGAAGCGCAGCAGGCGAUCUUCCAUCACUUGAGCCGCUAUCUCUUUCAUCUCAUCGAUCCGUUGUGGGAUCGCACAGCGCACGACUCAUAUCUCGCGCUCGCCGAUCGCGUAGUCUCUCCACUUGCAAGGAGUUCGUCAAAACCUGGCGGCGGAGGUGUUCCAGUGCGCAGUGGAGACGAAGAUCCUCCCCAAUAUCAGCAAGAACAACUAGAGGAUCAUGCUGCGCUCCUCGAUCAGCUCGCAGCAGCAGCAGAUCAGUGACUUCGCUGGACGAGCACCACUUUGACGUGCUGCGGGAGAUCUACCUCAACUCCUCCACCGCCGAUGGAUCGAUCGUGAGAGUGGAGCAGCCAAGCCACGAGGGGCAGCAGCACACCAGAUUUCUCGAGAAAGCUCUCGCAGAGAUUUAUUUUCUGGGGUUGCUGAUCACGAGUCCUGGCACCACUUUCGGCUACAUUGGUCAGGGAUUAGUCGGGUUGAGGCCUUGGCUUAUGUGGGCUGGGCGUGACUCAGGUGGGGAUGUUUGCUCCAAGGCAAGAACUAUUGGAUCCUUGCUUCGUUUCGUUUGGGGAGUCUAA